GUCCCAGCCCGGAGCGACGGCAUGAAGAAAUCCUCGUAUUCAGGAAUCACCCGGACCUCCAGCGGGAGACUUCGGAGGCUCAGUGACCAGACAAGCCCGACUCUGAAAAGAUCCUUUGAGGUCGAGGAGGUAGAUCAGUCUUCAAAUUCCUCCACGCCACAAAGACGGGCCCCCAACACCCUCCUCAGGUCCACCGUGUCCAGCUCCACGCAGAAGUUUCAGGAACUCGGCGCCAGGAACUCGGAGCCCUCCACCCGCCAUGCGGAGCCCACAGUGCAAAGAUCCCCCAAGCCCCCUCUGAGGAGAGUGGAGCUCUCUGGACCCAAACUGCCUGAGCCGGUGUCCAGAAGAACAGAAAUCUCCAUCGACAUCUCCUCCAAGCAGGUGGAGAACUCCACCUCGGGCCUGUCGCGGUUCGGCCUCAAACGAGCUGAUGUGGGCCACAAGCCGCCCGAGGGCCCGGCCAGGAGGACUGAGAUCACCCUGGGCAAGCCCCAGGAGCUGCG